AUGCCGCGCUCCUUCCUGGUGAAGACGCACCUCGGACACCGAGCCCCCAACUACGGGCGGCUGGAGACGCGGAGAGAAGCCGAUGGUGCCUGCUCUGAGCGCAGAGGGCCGGCGGUGCCCGUCCACUCCCCGGACAGGGAGGCUCCUCCGGUGCCCAGCCAGCCCUGGAACUGCGCCUCCGCCAUCACCCGCCUCUCCCUGCCCCUCCUCCCGUGCCACGAGGAGGCUCUGGGGCCCUCUCAACCAGAACCCCUGGACGUCAGCUGGACAGGCCCUCGGGCUGGCAGCACCCCAAGUGUGGCCCUCAGAGCCAGCCUGAACCACCUCAACCUGCCCCUGCUGCCGCCGCCGCCCACGCAGUGGCCCCCAAUCCCAGGUCCCGAUGGGGACGGGGCCCCAGACAAACCUCUCAAGGACCAGGGGAUGUCUCGAGUCCCGGGGGGCUUUGAGUGCACCCACUGCCACAGGCCCUACCACACACCCGCCGGCCUAGCCAGGCACCAGCAACUGCACUGCCACCUGCCGGCCGGGCACCCCUUCACCUGCAGGUACUGUGACAAGGUGUACGCCAGCCUGGGCGCCCUCAAGAUGCACAUCCGCACCCACACCCUGCCCUGCAUCUGUAAGGUCUGCGGCAAAGCCUUCUCCAGGCCCUGGCUGCUCCAGGGCCACGCGCGCACCCACACAGGUGAGAAGCCGUACGCCUGCCCGCACUGCAGCAGGGCCUUCGCUGACCGCUCCAACCUGCGAGCUCAUCUGCAGACCCACUCGGGCACCAAGAAAUACCAGUGCAAGAGUUGCUCCAAGACCUUCUCCCGCAUGUCCCUCCUGGCCCGGCAUGAAGAGGCCAGCUGUCGCCCCGGCCCCUGA